AUGCUAUUCAGACUGGUUUCAUUCAACGUAAACGGUCUACGCUCAUACGCAAAAUUCGUUUCAGAGAGAAAUACCAACAUAAACGAUUACAUUAGAGACAGGCUGAAGGCAACCGUUCUGUGCGUGCAGGAAUCCCGAGGGUCUAAAAGCAGCCUUAGCGAAUUCUACUCGUUAAAGGAUUACAUCGUUUUUGUAUCUGCAAAUGAGACGAAUCCCGGCAAAUAUGGAGUUGCAACAUUCAUCAAAAAGGACUUUUAUUGUUGUGGCAAGGAGGAGGUGAUGAACGAGUUUGGGGAGUAUAACGGUGAAGGACGUUUUUUGCUCACGCGGCACGGCACGUUCAACAUCCUUAACUGCUACUUUCCGUUUGUUGGAGAGUGCGAAUUUAGAUCAAACGACGAAAAAUCGAAGAAAAAAGUAAAUGGAGCCAUGCGUUUCUACUUUUAUGUGGAGAAUUACGUGAAGGACAGGCCCAAUACGAUCCUUUGCGGUGAUGUCAACGCGGUGUAUAGCAUGAAAGACACGUACAUUUACCAGCAGGAGUUCUCGAGGAUCCAAGGCAAGGUUUUAACGGUGGAUCACGGGAUAGAUAGCGCCGAUCAUCUUGAACACCCUGCUAGAGAAGACAGAAAUGAGCACGAGAAAACAGACAAUGAAAUAUUUGAUGGGGGCAGAUUCGUAAACCCGAUCGCUUCACAAACCGAACUUCCAUUCUUCUUCAAAAAUACAAAGUAUCUGAGCGAGUACUUUUUUGAACUGCCGAACAGAAAAUGGCUUUACAGAUUGAUCCAUGAGUGCCAAUUCAUGGAUACGUACAGGAUGUAUUCGCAAAGAGAAAAGGUUUAUUCCUGCUGGAAUAGUCUGCUUAGUUUACGAAAGGUUAAUCUAGGCACACGAAUCGAUCUCAUACUCGUCCACAAAGUGUAUGCAAAAAAUGUUAUGAAUGCUGACGUGAUGAUGAAUGAAUAUGGGAGUGAUCAUUGCCCUGUUAUUGCUGAUUUUGAUAUAGAAGUUGUUGCGAAUGGGAACAACGUAUUGAAGAGAAACAACAAUCUGCUUUCCUUCUUCAAACCUAAGUUAUAAGUUAUUAAAUACCAUAAAACGAUCUUUUCUUCAGCUACAGCCCGCUAUUCGUGCG